AUUGUAGCCAGCUUGAUAAACACCCAGCGCCAUUAUAACAGGCUGGUAGCAUCAACUGCUGUCCCGUGUUAUUGUUGUCAAACUGGACUCAGAGUAGAGGGGGAAAAAGGAGACUCUGUUUAAAGAUUUAAAGACUUUCCGGCGAUUAAAGACACUUCAACGGGAGAAUAUACCCUCCCAGCUGCAUAUCCGCUCAGUUAGCUGCCGUUACGAGACAAAAUGGGGCGAAUCUUCUUGGAUCACAUCGGCGGGACUCGCCUCUUCUCCUGCGCCAACUGUGACACCAUCCUGACCAACCGAGCUGAGCUCAUCUCCACUCGCUUCACCGGAGCCACCGGCCGAGCUUUCCUGUUCAACAAGGUUGUGAACCUGCAGCACAGCGAGGUGCAGGACCGAGUGAUGCUGACAGGAAGACACAUGGUGCGGGACGUCAGCUGCAAGAACUGCAACAGCAAGCUGGGCUGGAUGUACGAGUUCGCCACAGAGGAGAGCCAGCGCUACAAGGAGGGCCGCGUCAUCCUGGAGAGGGCGCUGGUGAGGGAGAGCGAAGGCUUUGAGCACGUCCCCUCCGACAACUCUUGAGUUUCCGCUUGUGUCGCCGCUAACAGUGCUCAACCCGUGCGUACUACAGCUUUUCCUCCAGCAGCAGUGCAUGGACUUGCAUGGACAGUGUGCCAUUCGUGAGUAGAGCUCCACCAAAAUAAUAUCACAAGCUGUGUCGCUGUGGGGAAACAAGAAUAUCUUCUAUGAUGGGUGAUAAUACCAUUGCUUCUCUACCCAUUUGAAAAUCGCCUGCAGCUUCAGUACUUUCCCAACAGGCUGUGAUGUUGGUAAAGUGUGUUGGUGUGGUGGGAUUUUGGCUGCAGUCAGAGGCAGAGGAUUCGCUCCUGCUGCCUGACAAGAAGCUCCGACAGAUAGAUGUUAUGUAGAGGUUUGAAUAGCCGAUACCUGCGCAGGUGAAUUCUGACUCUUCACUGAAGUUUUAGUCACUACGCAGUGUGUUUGGCGUGACACAAUGCCAGAAGUUCUUUAUUUCUUUAGUAUUCACUGUACCAAAGUCUUCCCCAGAAUAAGAGAGAAUAUUAGCAAAGUAAAUAGAUUUUAAUAUUUAUCAUCUUCAACAGAUUAUUGAUGUUAUCACUGAACUUAUGAAGAGUUUAGAUGCCUCCACUUUAUUUUAUACGAUAAAUUUGAUCAGGACAGGUUUUCAGACGUCUCGUUGUGAAUGUUCCAGCCACCUGAUUUACUGAUCUUACUUUUAAUUCCACGUGCUGUUCAGCCACUUCAGUUAAAGGUUUCACAAUUCUACAAAUAUUUCAGUUGAGCGGUGGAAAUUGAGAAAUGAUUUGGAUGAAACUUGGAACAUAUUUAUUUGUUUUUUGUCAAAAAUAAAUAAAUUCAAACAGUG